AUGGGACAGAGCGCAGAUGCCCCGGGCCGAAGUGCUGCUGUCCCCUGUCAUGUCACCACUUGCCUGAUCGUCCACUUGCCGCACAGUGUCUCAGGGGUAGCAGCAGCACAGCACCUGUGUGCUGCCUGCAGGUCGCUGACUGGGCCUGAUCUCAGCAUGUUGGCACGUGCCCAAGACGGGCACGAGUGCAUUCGUCCAGCAGCCGCCAUCUCGCCUCCGCUAUCCGCCCCUGCAGCAGCAGCAGCACUGCCGCCGACGGCACCAACAUAUCCUCGCUGCUUCCUUCCCCCGCGCCUUCGCUCUUGCGUUCCCCUGUGCUGCCCCGUUCUCUGCUCCCUGCCCCACUACCCUUCCUCCUGCUGCGCCAUGCUCUGCUCGCCUCGCUGUGCUGCUUUCUUCUCCCCUCCGGCCUGUCAACCUCAUCACUCCCAUCGCCCAUGCCGCCCCUAUCCCCACCUGCCUGCCCUUGCCCCUCCCACGAAAGCAGCGCUCUCCCUCCCUCGCCCGCUUUUUUUUCCCGCGUCCCCUCUCCGCGCAUCCUCUCCCCCCUCGUCCCCUCGUUCCUCCCCCUUUCGACCGCACAGGAGAGACUCUUCCGCCGCCCCCCUCGCCCCGAACUAUCACCACCCCCGCGCGCUCACUCUCACUGCCCCUCCCCGCCUCGCUGCGAUUCCGCGCAGUACCCCCAAACCCGCGCUUCUCCGCCCCAACCCCGUUUCCCCGCGCCCGAGCAUCACUCCGCUCCGCGCGCCGCCAUCCUCCCCUCGCCGCCCUCCGCUGUAUUGA